AGUCAUUUUUAUCAAAUCAGUCUUGUUCAUGAGUUUUGUGCCAACUAGUCUAUAAUAUAUUUACUUAGUGCUACGGCUAAGUUUUACGCGUCGCAAGAAAACUUGUAGAAAAAGUUCUUUAAAAAUGGAUAUCGCUGUAACUGGAGCGGCGGGGUACAUAGGAGACCUGUUAGCAGAUGCUCUAUUGGCGAACGACUCGCCUAUCAAGGUGGCAAGUCUCCUGCUGGUGGACACGAUAGAGCCGCGCAUACGCCCCGACCCGCGCGUGCGCACCCUCGCCCUGAACCUGACGGCGCCCGGGGCCGCCGAUCAGAUCGUCACCUCCGACCGCCAGAUUUUAUUCCACCUCGCAGCAGUCGUCAGCGGCCACGCCGAAGCAGAUUUCGAUUUGGGUCUCGCCGUCAAUUUUGACGUCACCCGUGCUUUACUUGAGGCAGCUAGAAAACGAGCCAAUAAUAUGCGCUUCGUGUUUGUGAGCACGGUGGGUGUUUUCGGUGGUGACCUUCCACCUGUCGUUUUAGACUACACCGCUGUGACCCCGCAAACCUCGUACGGCGUCGGAAAAGCGAUGAGCGAGUUGUUGGUGAAUGAGUACGCCCGCCGAGGGUUUGUCGACGGGUUAGCGGUGCGGCUGCCGACUGUAUCAGUCCGUGGAGGCAUUGCCAACCGUGCAGUCACCUCGUUUGCUAGUGGAAUAAUUCGUGAGCCGAUUCGAGGCGAAUGUGCGGUUUGUCCGGUGGAUGAAGAUCAGCGCUUGUGGCUUUGUAGCCCGAAAACGGUCGUGAAGAACAUACUACACGCGGGAACAUUAUCGAGCGCGCAGCUGGACCCGUGGCGGGUUAUCAACUUGCCCGGUCUAACCGCCACCGUGGGGGAGAUGGUGCGUGCGCUGCGCGAAGUGGCCGGAGAGGAAGUCGCCUCUCGCGUGCAGUUCGUCAAGGAUGAAAUGAUUGCGCGCAUGGUGGCUAGUUUCCCGCCUGAAUUUGAUACGACUCGUGCGAAUCGCCUCGGCUUUAUUGCAGAUAGUAAUUUUGCCGAAGUCAUUCGCAUAUUCAUUGAGGAAGAAGCCAAAAAGAAGUGAUAAA